CAUAAACACCUGUUCAUGAGUGUUUGUUUUAUAAAAUUUUAAAAACUAUUUUUUUAAACUCUUUUAUUUGCAAAUUAUACUGAACCUAACUAACAACAAAUAAAAUUAUGAAGUUUACAGUAAAAACUGUUUUACAACGUUCUCCUAGAUUAGGAGAACUGAGCCAAAUCCCCGGUAAGCCCGAUAUUAAAUUGGAGACUCCUUUGGUGCUUUUACACACCCAAGCCGGCCACGUACCGCAUAUUACCCAUGAAGUACUGAAAAUGGUUACCCAGGAGCCGCAGAUUCUGCAAAUCCCCGUGGUCAGCAUGCAUAAAUAUCAAGAGGCCAUCAAAUCAUUCAGUCAUCCUGUGGCCGACUUUAUCGGGAGCAAGAACAGUUUGACAUGCCUCACCUUGCACGACGUCAGUGAUAUCAUGAAGCCCGGACAUCACAUAAAAGAAAAGGUUCCAGUGUUCACGAGAAAUGGUAAAGUGCUCUAUGAUAGUGAUAAAUAUAUGGAUAUGGUAGAGCACUGUCAGCCGAACAUGUAUGUUUUAUUAAGUGACAGUGAUACCAAUGAAACCAGUGCACCCAAGCGUAUAGCAAAAGCUUUAGACAACACCGUUGCUUUUGUCAAACAGUGUUUAGAGAGACAUAAAAAAUGUGAAGCUCUGAAAGACAGUCUUGUGAUAGCGCCCAUUGCUGGAGCAUAUUGUGUGAAGUCUAGACAAAAGUGCUUAAACCUUCUUAAACCAUAUGAAGAGAGUUUUCAUGGGUAUUUGAUUGAUGGUUUACACAAUAAUGGACCGCAAGUGGAGUUCAUCCCUUUUAAAGACAUCAAGCCUAUUGUAGACACAAUUGUUGAAGCUAUGCCCGAAGAAAAACUUUUAGCCAUACAGGGCUGUUGGAACCCUGUGAAUAUUAUUAAACUUGUAAAAGCUGGGGUGGAUUUAUUUGACACCUCUUAUUGUAGGAUUUUAACUGAGCGAUCAUCAGUAAUGAUUUUUGCUAUUGAUCCUCAAGACACUUGCAAUAUAUACGAGUUAAACUUGAGGGAAGAACAGUUUUCUGAAGAUCUUGAACCAUUGAAACCGAACUGUGAAUGUUUAGUUUGCAUGAAUUACACCAGGGCAUAUAUUCACCAUCUUUUGACUGUGCAAGAGCUUUUAGGGCCCAUUCUGAUAAUGAUCCAUAACACCCAUCAUAUGUUAAAGUUUUUUAAUAAAAUUAGAGAGUCUAUCAAGGAUGGGACACUGGAUGAGCUGGAGUGGAGGGUGCAGAAACAGUUUGAUGAUUUUCAGAGUAAAUUUGAACAGAAAGUUCGGUCUGCUACUGUAUAAAUAUAUUUUGUAUGAAACAGCCAAA